CGUCUGCUCACCCCGACCAGUAGGAGGACCGAGUGGUGGCGGCUAUCUGUGUCUUCUUACAAGUUACAACAUCAUUUUACAGGAGUUUUAACAUCGCCAGUGAUGAUCUUACUCAUAAAUUCACCAUAAAAGAGAACAUAAGGACACCAGACCAAGUAUCAGGACCAGGGUGGUGCAGUGAGACGGCAUGUUUGAUCCCAUACUUGUGGUGGUCUGCUGUGCUGGUAUUGGGUUGACGCUAUCGUAUUUUACUCUCGGAAACUCUCGGAUGCCCCAACACAGCUCUGAGGAGGAUGAAUCAGAGAAAAGCUGCUUAUGUCCAAAGUCCAGCAGAAGGAGAGUGCUGGUGGUGACAGCUCACCCGGAUGAUGAGGUCAUGUUCUUUGGACCCACAAUUUUACACUUCACUCAGCGGGAAGGAGCUCUGGUGUACCUUCUCUGUCUCUCUACAGGUAACUACUAUGGACAAGGAAGAAUCCGGUGUCAGGAACUGUGGGCCAGCUGUCGCCUUCUGGGUCUGUCGAGAGAAAACAUUAUCUUGUAUCGCUGUGAUGACCUGCCAGAUAAUCCAGACAUAAUGUGGCCUACAGUCAAGACAGCCAACCUCAUCAACCAGUACCUUCAUGCCCUUGAUAUUAAUAUGGUGGUGACAUUUGAUAUAGGAGGAGUCAGUGGUCACAUAAACCACACAGCGCUAUUUUCUGCCGUUCAGCACUUAGUUGAGGAGGAAUUUUUACCUGACACUUGUGAGGCAUUUUCCUUAGAUACAGUAAACAUUCUCCGAAAAUACUCCUCCCUUCUCGAUGUACCUUUGAGCUACGCUCUCUCCUCGUGUGCCUUCACUGUAGACUGUAAACAGCAUUCUAUUUUACAGAGUGCCAUGAGAGCCCACAGCAGCCAGUAUGUAUGGUACAGGAAGUUAUAUAUGUAUUUCUCACGGUAUGUUCUCAUCAAUACCCUAUCCAGAAUCACUCCUGAGUCAUAGAGGGCAUCACUUGUGUCUUGUUGUCUAUGACACCAAAAAAUAAAAUAAAUCCAUUGGUGAAAAUAGCAUAAGAGGUAUUUUUUAUGUAAAACUCUACUGAGAUAGUACUUAGUUUUUUUAACGCGUAACUUUUCAUACAAGAGAAUUUUGUUAUGAGUGAUGGUCAGACUAUAAUGAAGUGUGAUUUGCUCUCAUGUCAUUUGUGCCAUCAGUUUAUACCCCAGCUGGUGUAAGACGCAUUAAUUAAGUGAACAGAAAUGACGACAAACUUCCUGAAGGUAGAAAGUGGCCAACUCUUACUAGAUCUCUUGCUAGAGACCCUGUACUGUAUGUCAUUAACUCUUAAAAUGGUGGUCAUCAUCUGUGGAAGUUUCUUGUUCCUUGUGUUCCAUUUUUUGCGCAUAUGGGUGGCGGGGGGGAAUCGUUUGCCACCAAUUACGGGCUAACAGUUGUCACAAGAUGGUACUUACUGAAGGUUCUCCUGCUGUCCGUCUCAGUGUUCACUAAACCACUAUACUGUACGUCAGAAUCAAAACAUUAUUGAUUUUGCUGAAUUACGUUUCUUUAAUAAUUAUUUUGGUUAAAUGGAAAAUAGUACUGUAGACUAUGACAAUGUAUCACUGUCCUAGAAGAUUUUUUUCACUCAUUUUUGUAAGUUUAAGUUUUAUGAUCUGUUUCCUCAUUUAUCCCGUCAUUGUUGUUUUUACCAGAUAGCUACACGUCUAAUUUUACUUGUGUUUCGUUAUUGUAAUAGUCCCACAUUCCCUCUCGUAUGGGGAACAUUAGCUAAGCCAUUGUGUACAGGUGGAGUUGUCAGGUGAGGCGUCAACUAACACCGCCAGCACCAGGUGAUCAUUGGUGAGGAUUAGGGAUGUCAAUAGAAUAGACUAAGUACAGUAUAUUGACUAGUACGGUAUGUGAGGUUUUCGUUUGUUACCUACAGUAUAUGUACUAAAAAGCUUUAAUUUGUGUAUUUAAAUUAUAAAAUGAUUUUAUUACUGUAAUUAACAAGUUUGAUGUGUUAGUUUGUAUAUACUAAGUUACUCUAAAUAAGAGCUAUUGUAAUAAUUCAAGUAACUUCCUCUCAAGAAAAUUGUAAGGAUGAGUUUUUGUUGUAGUAAUAGUUGUAGUAAUGUUAAUACAGUAGAGUAGUCAAAAGCCAUAUCUGGAAGGUUGUUUGAUAAUUUUAUUUUGAAAUACCAGGUAUGAAAGCCACUGUUGCCUGAAGUAAACUUGUGGAAGUAUUGUUGGCUGUGUGUUUUGAAGUAUGUAAGUAAAGGAGUACAUUACAGUUUAUGUGGUUUGUGCCCCAGUGAUGGAUAUGGGGCUCUCUCUCUCUUAAAUAGCCUUAACAGAGAAGGAGGUGGCAUGGAAGUGUUAGUUAUGGGUCCACAACUGCCACACAAUGAUCAUGUUCUUAAAAUUCAAGCAGGUUAGAAAAUGGCACAGUACUGUCACCUGGUCACUUGUCAUAACGAUCAGACAUCCUCCUUCUUCUUUGCCACAGACAGUAAUAUUCCUAGGUAUUAGUAUUCUGUUUUUGGUGUAUUUAUUGACUGGGGAGUGUCUAUAAUGCCUUCUUAAUGACCAGGGUGCUCAGUUGUCUGGUGUGAUAUUGUAGCUGUUUGAUAAUUUUCUUUUAAUUUUGUCUUUAAUUUCCAUGUUCCCAGUGUAGAGGUAACAAUCCCCAAAAGCCUUUAUGAUUUGGCUAAGUUUUUCAUCUACACCAAACUGCCAUAACACAUCCAUUUUUUUUUUUUUUUGGUCCAAUGUAAUGGCUUUGUGAGCUCUGUUAGCACUACUCUUAUCACCUGCACUCAGUAGCCUCUUUCCAGAUGUCUUGAAAGGAGUAAAACGUGGCAGUCUCGGAAAAAAUUUAAAUGUGACAGUGUGUUUUCAGAACAAAGCAAGACCAUCACCUGGUGAAUUCAAAACAAAGGCAUCAGUAUGAACUUGUUGGGCGUACAGAUUUACACAGUACGGAGAGCGUGCUAUGACAAACCACAGAGUGCACGUACAGUACAAGUUGAGUAUAUACUGUAGUUUCAUUUCCCCAUUCAAAGUUUCUAAUUCUGAGAAGCAAAUUUCUAUAAUACUGCAGUGUGUUUAAAUUUUGAAGAUAGGAAUUGGUUUCCUAUUUUGUUUGUCAUGGUGAAUUUACUUAAGAUGAGUUUUUGUUUACCCAGGAAAUGUUUGUAUUUGCUGCUGAUUUUUGUUUUUAGUUUAGAUUAUAGUUUUUUAUAUUGAAUAUGAUUGUUGAUUUAUCUUAAAAGGCAUUUUAUUGUUUAAAAACUCAUGGUGACAUAAGGCUGUGAUGUUUGUGAGAGGUGGUGUGGGUAGUAGCAUAAAGUUAUGAUGUGGCCGGGUGGGAUCAUGGCUGUCUACACCACCACACAACCACCAUAUCCAAAGUAUUUAUGAGCUGAAAUGUAACAUGUUAUUUACAGCAUAUUUAUGUAAUGGUUAGACGUACAAGUUGCAAGGUAGUAAAAUCAGUUGAAAUCUGUUCAUAAACUUGUGUCAGUCCAGGUGUAUGAUUACAGUCUAGGUGUGUGGAGCUUGGCUUAAGUGCUCUCCUAGUGUGUUGUACACCACAUGUACUUUAUUACUUUGUAUAUUAUUACUUUUUAAUCCACUUAUUAGUGAAAACCUCAAAUAAUUUUUUAUAGCAAAUUUUUACCUAAUUUUUAUCAAAUGCCUUGAGAGUUGACUGCAAAACAAUAUAAUAUGGAGAUACAGAUGGUAAGAAAAUAGCCUUAUUUAGACUGUUCAUGAAAAGUACGGGAAUUUCUUGGGGGUGUGUGUGUGUGUGUGUGUGUGUAAACAAACAUAUACACUUACUGUACCAAUAAUUAGGCUCGACAAAUCCAUGUACAUACAGUACACAACUCAGAAAUGUGAGUGAACCUCAACUGUGUAUCAAGUUAUAAUGACCGUACAGUAUGCUGCAUGACUGCUAAUAUUAAGAGUACAAAUUUACUUUCUGCAUUUAUAAAAAAAAAAGGUAAUCUUCAGCACUGACUCCUCUUUUAUGGAUGGUGAUGUAGCAAACUACAAGCUGGGUAAUACAGACAUUUGGGAUAACUAAGCAGUAGAAAGUGCAGUAUUAGUACUAACUGCUCCAUGUUAUUAGGUCCUCAGGAGAGCCCCGGUACACCUCUAAGGUGACCAGACAAAAUCGACUUGUGUCUCUCAUCAGCAUUGUCAAGUGGAGCAAAGAGUUAGGGCUACUACUGGUGUCUUUUACCCCCCUGGUGCUGUUUAGUCCACUUCAGCAGCCCUCACCUUCCUUGUUGUCAGUAUGUACAGUACAGUUGUAGAGUUUGUUUAAUAAUGCACCAGUUACUGUAGUGAUCCUCAUAGUGUACUGUAGUGGUGGUGGGAUAAUGUUUUUAUUAUUUAAGAUAUUUGUUAGUGGCAUAAAUGGUUCUUGUGAUAAUAAAAUUUUAAUUUACUUUCCAUUAAGGAUAUUCUCACUUGCUGUUCUUUAUGUUAGUUACCAGUACUGUCUUGAACAAAUGAUAUAAUCAACUAAACCUCAUGGUUGAGACCCCUUUUGAGGCCAGUAGUGACUAUGUUAUAUGCCAGUAGCUAAAAUAAUGAUGUUUACAGUACAGUAAAGUUUACCGUUAGUCAUAUUAACGCUAAAAUUGCCAACAGCCGAAGCUUAAUAGGUCUUGUUAACUAUAUUUAUUUAUUAACAAUAUUUUGUUUUUCAUAGUUUAAUUGUUUAUGAUAAUUAAGACUUCUUUUUCACUAAUAGAGUAACCAGAGAAAUUAUAAUCUGCACAAUUGAUGGCCUAACUAGGUAGGCUGCUUGUGUAAGAACUACAGUACUGUACCUGGAGGUCUGCCAUUAAUGGUCAGGACUAAUUUUACAGUCAGUCCAGCCUCUUACUGCAACAACUUGUCCUGAAAUUAAGAGUUAAAGUAAAAAAAAUCCAUUUUAUAAACCAGUGUUCUUACGACAUCAGGAAAUUACAUCAGUACUCGGUCUGUUUUCAAGUUAUUCAUUUAAACUGUUGGGCCCAUUUUCAUUAACCUAGGCAUAAAUGCUUCUGGUAACUAGUUUGACUUGAACUUUUUUCUUCUGAUGUCAUGUCUCAGCUGCUAGUUGAUAAGUUAGAGGAAACUUAUUCUCUUGAUGACAUUUGUCUCAUCUACUGUUUAGUUUUCAUAGUAGAUAGGCAUACAAAUCUGUUUCAACUUCUCCAGACUUACCAACCACCUGAUGCUAGUGUGUGUAUGGUGAUCUGUGGCUUUAGGUGUUAAGGUUUGUUCCUGGGAUGUUCCAUAAAGAAUUAUGACUUUCAAUAUUUUUUUUACAUUAUAAACUGUCUAUAUUGGUAUACAUAGAUUUUCUGGAGCAGCAGUUUAUUGCAUUUAUGAAUAUAUCUCAGGUUUCCUCCAGGAGAGUCAUCUUAGGUCACUUGGGCCUCUUAUUAUGAGUGUUGUCCUAUCACUGCUACACUGCGGUUUGACCUAGGAUGAAUUGCCUCAGAAGUAUCACUAUUUUCCUGCAGUCCUUGUGAAAGUAGACUUGUAAGUAACAUCAUUAUUUUGUUAUUUCAUUUGUAAAACAUUAUUAAUUAUCUUCAAUGGAAAUCCCACAAAUUGAAUGAAGAAAGUAUUGACCCAAUUUAUAAAUAAGACCAUCUUCAGUAUCAACAGUUUAUAUAGUGUAUUGUUGGGUGCUAAGUAUACGUUGUAUCCAUGACUGGCCAAUCAACACCACACCACACAAAAAAUUCCUGGUAUUUUCAUAACGAACAUGAAUAUUUUUGAGUAACCAGAAAUGAGGGAAGGGUUUUGGGGUAAUAAUGGAUGGCAGUUAUUGGAAAAGACUUGUGGUUAAGGGAGACUUUACUGUUUUGUAUAAAUUUAGAAUGUAAAAAUAAUUUUGUCCUUUAUACAUACUACUGUACUGCAAUAGUGUACAGGGCUGUAGUUCUCACUCAGUCCUGCAGAUGGCACCAUACACAGCUCACAUUCUUCCCAUACAUAUUUUAAAAGCUGUGGCUGGAACAGAAAGGGUUUAAAUUGAUUAUAUAGUUAAUUCCUGCCACCAGUGUCAAGAAGCCUAGGUUUCAGGGGCAGAUCCAGGGGGUCCAGAACCCCCCUUUCAUCAGAAAAUUCCAAUAUCUUUUCUUUAAUGCAGUAUUGUACUCAGGUAUUUUUGUAAAAUAAAAAGUAACUACUAUAACCUAAGAAUAUCUCCUAAUGCCAAGUGUACAUGGCUUCAAAAUGACGUCAAAAUGCCCAUGAUAUUGGUCAGAUUAAAAAAAAAUCAUGGGGUGGGGACUUACAGUACCCCCCAAAACCUCCCAGCUGGAUGGGCUCGCUGUGCUCAUCAUAUUCCCCCACCCACAACUUUUUAGACCCCCCCUAUCCCCCUCCUGAUAUUCCUGGAUCUGCCCUGGGGUUUUCAGUGUACUGUAUAAAGUUUGGCUGGUAAUUCAUGAGGCACCUGAUCUAUGCUCGGUUAUGAAAUGGUACAGUAUUUAGAAUCCAGUCCCAAAUACUGUACACACGGGUGUUUUAAAUUUAAAUUUCUCAGAAGUAAUUUUUCUUGUCCUUUAGCUGUCACAACAUCUUAAAACAUCUCAGAGUUGUUUAACAGUUAACUGAGAGCUUUCUAAUGACAUCCUCCCAAGUGGUCUGUGAUCUACACUUGAUGUCCAUGUUGCAGAAGUGACAGUUACAGCCUGGCAGCUAAAUUUUUGUCAUGAUAAUUAAAAAAAAAAAAUUAA